AUGCGUCCUCUGAAUGACAGCGGCUCUGUGGGCGCGCAGGACGUGGUGCGGGAUGAGAGUUUGGCAGUAGUGGAGAUCGCUCUGCUCAGCGUCAUCUUCGUCAGCGCCUCCAUCCUCAACACCUCCGUGCUCGUCGUCCUCUGGAGACAGCGCAAACAGAUGUCCCGGAUGCGCGUCUUCGUGUUCCACCUGUGCCUCGCGGACUUGGUGGUCGCCUUCUUCCAGGUGUGCCCGCAGCUCAUGUGGGACAUCACAGACAGAUUCGUGGGACCGGACCUGGUGUGCCGCCUGGUAAAGUACCUGCAGGUGCUGGGCAUGUUCUCAUCCACUUACAUGAUUGUGGUGAUGACGGUGGACAGAUACCAAGCUGUGUGCAACCCGAUGGUGAAGUUCCAGCGCUCACGCACAAGACUGAACAUCCCCGUGUGCGUCGCCUGGGGCGUCUCUCUGCUGGGCAGCCUGCCGCAGGUUUUCAUCUUCUCACAGGUCGAGGUAGCACCCGGUGUGUUUGACUGCUGGGCGAAAUUCGUCCAGCCGUGGGGACUGCAGACUUACAUUACCUGGACCACGCUGGUCAUUUUUGUUUUACCCGUCAUUAUGAUUGUUUUUUGCCAAGUGCGCAUCUGCCAGGCCAUCCAGAUCAACCUGUACCAAAAGACCCAGCAGCGGGUAGGUCUCCCUCUGCCAUCCAGCAGUGUGGCCGGUAUGUCCAGAGCCAGAGUCAAGACGUUGAAGAUGACAGUGUUUAUCGUGCUGGCUUAUAUUGCCUGCUGGGCUCCCUUCUUCACUGUCCAGCUCUGGUCCGCCUGGGACACACAUGCACCAAAAGAAACUGCGAUUUUCACCAUCCUGAUGUUGCUGGCCAGUCUGAACAGCUGCGCCAACCCCUGCAUCUACCUUCUGUUCAGCGACCAGUUUCCCAAAAGGCUGGUCACUCUCAUGUGCCAGCGUCAGUCCAACAGUAAAGAUUCAAUGCACGACGAGGCGACGCUGGUCAGCACGUUGUACAUGAGCUUCAAAAAUGGAUCCGAGCCCAAAUAA